CAGCCACUGACAGUCAGCUGUUGGCUCUGUUAACGUGUGUACGUACGCGCUGGCGUUGUGAGGUGCAAGUGUUACUGAAGGUCCUGGAGUGAAUAACUUCUUUUGUUUACCAGAGAUCGGUGUUUGGAAUGUCUCUUUGUAUAGUUCGGCUUGGUAGGCAGCGUUGACUUGUCCAGCAGUGUUCGCAUCGCCAAAAUGGGGGAUGAAUCCAGUGUUCGCGUAUCUAUCAGGUGUGUGGCCGGUGAGGGAGAGCAAAGGUGAGCUCAGGAUCCGGCCUCAGAUAGCUCGCGAACUGAUAGAGAUGUGUCGGGUGUGUACGAGCGUCACCCCACACGAGCCUCAGGUGUGGCUGGGGUCCGACAAGGCCUUCACCUACGACCACGUGUUCGACAUAGGCACCACACAGUCUGAGGUCUACGAUGUGUGUGUGGCGGGACUCAUCGAGGGUUGUUUUGAAGGCUACAACGCCACCGUCCUCGCUUAUGGUCAGACUGGUUCCGGUAAGACCUACACCAUGGGAACGGGUCUCGAGGUGGACAACGGAGAAGACAUUGUGGGCAUCAUCCCUCGCGCCGUCGACCACCUCUUCAGGGGCAUCGACGAACGUCUGGCGGCAGCGAAGGAAGCCGAGACGCCCCCGCCAGACUUCAAGGUCACCGCCCACUUCAUGGAGCUGUACAAUGAAGAGAUUAUUGACCUUUUCGAACCACAUUUUAGGGGAAGCGGCAAGAGUGGUAUCCGUAUACACGAGGAUGCUGGAGGAGGGAUCUACGUCACUGGCAUCACUACCCGCACCGUGACCUCCCUGGAGGAGACGAUGCAGUGUCUCCGUGCUGGUGCUCUCUCAAGGACCACAGCUUCCACCAACAUGAACACUCAGUCCUCCAGGUCACACGCCAUCUUCACCCUUCUUGUGAAGCAGCAGAGAAUUGCCCCUGUACAGGAUGUUGAAAGCACAGAAGAUAUUCCGGAGUUUGAGACUUUAACAGCCAAAUUUCAUUUUGUUGACUUGGCUGGGUCAGAACGGCUGAAGAGGACAGGAGCCACAGGAGAGAGGGCGAGGGAGGGUAUAUCAAUCAAUUGUGGUCUUCUGGCUCUUGGAAAUGUAAUCUCUGCAUUAGGUGAUAUCAGCAAGAGGGCAUCUCAUAUACCCUACAGAGACUCUAAGCUCACCCGACUUCUACAAGAUUCUCUUGGAGGUAACAGCAGGACACUCAUGAUAGCGUGCAUCUCUCCAAGCGACACAGACUUUAUGGAAACGCUGAACACCCUAAAGUAUGCCAACCGUGCACGGAACAUUAAGAACAGGGUUAUGGUUAAUCAGGACAAGGCCAGUAAAGCCAUUGCUAUACUACGGCAAGAGAUUCAACAACUUCGUAUUGAGCUGAUGGAGUACAAACAGGGUAAACGUAUCGUUGGAGAGGAUGGUUUAGAGGCCGUCAACGACAUGUACCACGAGAACCAGAUGCUUUCUUCAGAGAUCAACAAUAUGAGAACUAGAAUAAAAGCUUUACAAGAGACUGUAGAAGUACUGACCACCAAGAACACGAUGCUCCUAGCAGAGAAACAAACAAGUGGCUGGAUUAGUUCGGGCGAGGAUACAGACAUGGCGGUGGUGGUGCAGGGAUACCUCAAGGAGAUUGAAGAUCUAAGAGCCAAGUUAUGUGAAAGUGAAAAUCUGUGUCAGCAGUUACGUAAACAAGUUAAUAAUCGUGCUAACAACUCUGGCAGGCUGUCCAUGUCACCUCUCCAUAUUCCUAUGACAGGUUCCAUGUUUGGCUGCAUGGAGGAGAGCACACAGAGCUUCACAGAACUGAUUGAGGAGGCCAAGCGGGACCUGAACAAAGAUAUACAGGCCAUUGAGAGGAAGAAGAGGAUAUCAGAAGGAUCUGGUUCAGCUGAUGAUGAGGACAAUGAGGAGGAAGAUGUGGGUGAUGCAGAAGACAAUGAGGAGGAUGUAGAGAGCUCAGAUGAAAGUGGGGAGGAUAAAGAUGAAGAUGAGGAGGACUCUGAUAUGGAAGAGGAAGAAUCAGAGAACUAUAAUGAAGAACUGGCAGACUUGACCAGCGAGAUAUCUAUAAAGCAGAAACUGAUCGAAGGUCUGGAACAGAGUCAGCGCCGCCUGGAGACUAUGAGACAACAGUACGAGGAUAAAUUGAAUAUGUUAAUGAAUAGAAUAAAGGCAACACAGGAUGAGAGAGACAAGGUACUUGCCAAUAUCAAGUCGAGCAGUUCUGUUGGCGAUGAUAAAGUGAAGGCAGUGAAGCAGGAGUAUGAACGUAAGAUCAACAACAUGCAGCAUGAACUGAAGAAGUUACAGGUGGCUCAGAAAGAACAUGCCAAGCUGAUGAGGGAGCGAUCACAACACGAGAGGCAGUUGCGUACCCUGAAGGGCGAUUUAGCAGAGAUGAAGAAGACUAAAGUUAGGCUUAUGAACAAAAUGAAAGAUGAUAACAACAGAGCCAAACAAGAACAACUUAAGAAGAACAAAGAGAUUGCUCAGCUGCGUAAGGCUUCUCGUAAACAAGAAACAUACAUAAAAAGUCUAGAAGCAGAGAAUAGAUUAAAAAAUGUUGUAUUAAAGCGCAAGACGGAAGAGCUGGCUGUAUUAAAGAAGGUUCCGAGGCAGGGAUUAAGCAGCAAGGCUUCAGGAAGACUGCGAAGGAAGGCUGGAAUGGGACUACAGUCAACUACAUUCUCUCCAAAGGUGGCUAAACAGAAAUGGCAGAGCCUGGAACAAACUAUCAACAAAGUGGCAUAUAAUAAACAAACAGUCAGUAGCAUGGAACGUGACAUGGAAAGGUGGUUAAAAGAACGAGAAUCACUAAGCCGGCAGUUAGAGCGCGUGGUGAGGAAGCGCGAACGUGCAGACCCGAUGGACAGAACCGGCUACAACGACUUGAGCGACCAGGUUGAAGCUCUCAAGGCCAACAUUGAUUACAUUCACGAAAACAUUCAAGAGUGCCAAGAGAAUAUAAUGAGCAUGGAGGAGAGUAAGGAGCAAUCAGAGCUGCUCCACAUAGGCACUGUGACUGCUGGAUUAGGCACUGAUGAAUCCCACUACCUCCUUAAUAAGCUGAUAAGCAUGACAGUUAAUCAAGCCACCAUUGCAGCACAGAGGCAAGCUGCAAUAUCUGAAUUGGAGGGCAAAAUGAAACAGAUGGAACAGACUACAAGUGUUCAAGAGCAGCUGUUGGCACAUGUACUCGGAGACAAGGACCUUGAGGUGUAUAGUCUGAUGUCUUCCCUUGUAGCGGCAGAGGACAACACUCCCGCUUCCACCGAGUCUUCCCGUUCAAAUUCUCCGACAGAUGGCCUGAUGGAAUCAUCUGCCACUUCGCUAGUCUUCUCCUCCGAUUCCCUAAAAAGGCGGGACAAAGCGCGACGCAAGACAGCCACUACAGAGGAUAUGUUAUUCACCAAUGGCUCCGAGAAAAAUGGAAAUGCCAGUGGUACAGAUGUCAGUGCGAGCACCACGCCAGCAGGAACCAUCGUCGGUGCAACAUCUGUUGUUGCAAUGGAACGCUUGGGUUUGGAACGCGCUAGUUCAGAUCGCUCAGUCCCAGACCGCAUGGCCACAAGUUUGGGUAUGGAUCGUAUGUCAACCAGUUUGGAAGGAGUUUUAAGUGAUGAUGGCUUGCUAAUGCCUCCACCCUCUGGCUCUCUAAGGGCUGUUCCUAGAGUUACAUCAGCCCCAAAUGCUCUCAAGAAUCUGAUGUCCAAUCGACCUGACAAAGCUUCGCCAAUUCUUAGUCGCAAGUCAUAUGAUCGACAAGAAUCCACUUCUCCCCGACUGGGUAGAAGGUCCCUCACUUCUCUUAGCACUUCAAAUCUAAAUUAUUCACGACAAAAUUCUGCAGACAAUAAUCCAGAGAUGACUCCGCCAACUUCCCCAACUACCUAUCGACGCUCCACAUCCAGAGAAGAAAAUGUCUUUUCUCGUUUGACCUCGGCUACGUCCUCUACCCGAGAGUCGAGGCCAAACACAGGCGUCAUUAACCCACAUGCUGGAAGAUCAACCCAACGGUCAGUUUUAGCUUGCACGCAUGUUGCUCAGGGCCACUCCAAAGCUGUGUUGUCAGUUUAUGCAACUGAUGAUCUACUGUUCUCAGCAUCCAAAGAUCGUACUGUGAAAAUGUGGGACUUAGUCCGUGGCCAGGAAAUCCAGUCACUAGGAGGUCAUCCUAACAAUGUUAAUUGUGUUAGAUAUUGUGAAUCCCAGCAUACCUGUUUCUCAGUCUCUUCUUCAUUUAUUAAGGUAUGGGACAUUCGUGAAAACCCAGCCAAGUGCACCAAGACACUCAGCUCUUCAGGAUUAACAUCAACUGGAUUUGCACAAGUCAGCAGUCAAUCAAGAACACUUCAGAUGCCACAAGGAGAGACGUUAAUCACAGAUAUUGCCAUAUCCACAUCAACAAAUAUUUUAUACUCUGCAGCUGGAAAUAUAGUCAGAAUUUGGGACCUACGGAAACACACGGCAGUUGGUAAGCUAGCUGGAGGACACCAGGCAGCAGUAAUGUGCUUGGCUGUAGACUCCACUAUCCCAGGUCAAGAUGUGGUGGCUACUGGCUCUAAGGAUCACUACAUUAAGGUAUUCGACAUCACUGCAAACAAUUCUGGCCUAGUAAACCCAAGACUGAACCUGGACCCUCCUCACUAUGAUGGUAUACAGUCCCUAGCCCUGUAUGGGGAUACACUCUUUUCUGGUUCUCGAGAUAUGUGCAUAAAAAAAUGGGAUCUCAGCGAGGAGAACACGUGCAGUCUCAACAAUGCUCAUAAAGACUGGGUGUGUGCCCUGUGUUUCACGCCAGGAGGACAAAUUGUUCUUUCAGGCUGCCGAGGUGGUGUGAUAAAGAUGUGGUCUGUUGAAAGCUGUCAACUUAUUGGUGAAUUACGAGCACAUGCAUCUCCCAUUAAUGCCAUCACUACCAAUUCUACUUGCAUCUUUACAGCCUCAAAUGACUGCACAAUUGGCAUGUGGAGAAUGAGGACAAGUUAUGAUGUUUCUCCCGAGUUGUCAGAUGCCUCAUGACUUGAUGUAGUGUCCCAGCAAUGAAGGGAGUUUUAUAUAGGAUUUUAUUUUUGACAUUUUGGAGGGACUAUUUAUUUUUUACUUAAUAUAUUAGGCAAUUAUAUGAGGUUUCUCGAAUACGUGAACAAAAAUUACCGGUAUACAUGCGGACGUUUUUAGGGUAACAGCCAAGUGAAAGCAAAUUUUGACCAUAAAACAGCUGUACCCAACUAUUUGCAGCUUUAUGGAAAUGCCUUUUGUUAUUUUACUAGUCUUUUACUUCAUAAAAAAACGAAAACAAAAAAUUAUUAGCGGAACAGGCUUUGGCCAAUUCUGUUCUGUAUUCAAUAUUUGACAAUACAGCAGAACCCAAAUAUGUGUAACAAACCAUUUAUUAACAUAAUAAUCUUUUGUAUCAUUGUCAUGUUUUUUUUUUUAAAUCAAUGUGCUAAUUAAAGGAAAGCUUACUUCUGUGAUUCAUUACUGUAGCGAGUUACUUUUUGAGAAAUAAACAUACCGUAUAUUUACUAUGGUUAGGAGGUACAUUUUCAGUGUGUGUUUCAGAAAUACACAGUACAGUACAGUACCGUAUAUAUCUGGCUGAGUGAUCAUGCAGGUAGUUGGCUUAUACUGUAGAGUUGUAAGUUCCGAGCCUAAUCAUUGAUGUGUGUACUGUACAGGUACUAUAGUUUUCCUUAUUAUCAGGUGUAUUCUUUCUUUCAUGGGAUAAAGACUUCAAAUAGUAAUAGAUCGGAAGCUUUUGUUGAGAUAUACGGAUUACAAGAUUUAAAGAGGACUAGACACAAAAUCCGAGACUUUUUAUUUAAUUAUUGCGGUGAAUGAAAUUUAUUAAUCACUAGGCAUUACCUUUAGCAAAUUAUCGACAGUGAUAUUUAGUUUUAUAGUGAUACAGUGGUCCCUCGGAUAACGAACACUCUUUGUUCCACAGAGUCGUUCGUUAACCGAAUCCAUUAUUUCAAUGGGAUAUUGGGUAAUUGGUUCCAGCUCACAGAAAAGUACAUACAA